CCCGACAGACAGUGCAGUAACGCAAGUGCCGGUGCAUGUAUACGAUUUAACUGUGACACAUUACGAUAGUACGGUCUACAAACUAUCAUACAAUAAAAACUUUGAUGACCUGCAUGUUUAUACUAAAUUACUUUAAUAUUUAUUCACACUGAGGGGAUGUCCUUGCGUAGAUAUUGCAGUUUCAGGAAGGAUAUAAACAUACUUUGUUUCGUCUUAUUUAUAAUAGGAGUAUGGGUUUUCAGGGAUUUGACACAAGAAAUUCCGCUGGAUAAAGUGUUCUCAAGAGCAGAUGCACUCAAAGAUUUACCAUUGUUUCAAUCAACAGAAGAAGAAGAGUUUCCAUCAACAAACAGGAAUGUUCCUCGUAUUCCUCACAUUUUACAUCAAAUGUAUGUGAAUGAAAUGAUUCCUGAAAACUAUAUAAACCACAUAAAAUCAUUCAUCAAAUACAAUCCGACGUGGCAAUACAGAUUUUGGACAGAUGAAUCUGGUCGUAAGUUCCUUCAAAAAUAUCACCCAUACUUAAUAACAGCGUACGAUUCCUUUGGGAAAAGUGUGAAAAAAUCUGACAUGCUCAGAUAUGCUGUUUUAUACGAGUUUGGAGGAUUUUACGCAGAUUUUGACAUGGAAAAUUUCCGUUCACUUAACAUCACGACAAAUAAAUAUGCGUGUAUAUUCCCUUCAGAACCAUUUGAGCACAGUGCUUUGUUGUACAACAAACCCUUUAUGAUAAAUAACGCUUUUAUGGGUUGUCGCCCUAAACAUCCGUUUCUAGAACGACUCUUGACUGGUUUACAUACAGCGUCUUCGGUUGGAGAUGCUGUUGAUGUAACAGGACCUAGGUACGUUACAAAAGUUUUUUGCCAGUACAAUAAUAUUACACACAUAGACGCGAAUAGAAAUAAAACGGACUGGAGCAGUAAUUCUCCCUAUUUCUAUAAAGGUGAUUUAAAGGAAGUCGAUGCCAAUGCCGUAUACGUCCCCAAUUCACAAUAUUUUAUGGACAAGAUGGAUCCAGGCCUUAUGCGUCCAAAAGGAGAAGUCAGAGAAUUCUGUUCCAACAUCAAGCCUGUGUCGUAUGUGAAAGAAAGAGGAUGCGCGGAAUUAAUCAGCCGUGUUCAAGUGAGGGAAAAAAGGAAAUAUACAUUGACGGUACAUCAUUGGUUACAUUUAUGGAGUGAGAAAAAAAAGAGAGUCAAGAGAUUAAAAUAUAUCAAUAUAACUAGCAUAGUGCCAAACAUUAUAAAAUAUCAUGAUUAAUGUGAUUGUCAGACGAUAUCAUUUGCGUUUUUAUAGUCUAUUUGUAAGAGAUAUUUUAAAUUACAAAACAGUUUUAAUUCAAUAAUUUAUAAUGCUCAGUAUUACUUUGAUAUUUGAUAUUGAUAAUCACGAACAAUAACAAUGUUUAUUGUAGAUGGAAUGUGUUCUGAAACAUUGCCAUUAAAGAAGUAUUAUAGUUUAUAGUUUUAUGAAUAAAUGUUGCCAUUCAUCCA